GAGUAUAAUAUGGGUAACUGCGCCUUAAAAGGGAUCAUCACCGCCACUAGUCAUGGCGGAGUCUUAAUGGAUAACAAGCAGAUGGUGAAGGUGGUGACCUCCAAUGGAGGCAUCAUGGAGCUCUGCACUCCAAUAACCGUUCAUUCCAUUACCAACGGGUUCCCCGGUCACGCCAUAUUCGCAAGCCCCUUCUCAUCGGAGCCCCUUCUCCGCAAACAAGAGCUUCAUGCCGGCCAAGUCUACUACCUCCUCCCUCUCAACCCUUAUUAUUAUUAUUCAACUUCAAGAGCGAGCAUGAUAACCAGACAACUCUCCAACUCCACCUCAACACCUUACCGGAUUUUCACUUGCAACGCUACCAUGUGGUCGCAAGCAGAAGAGGGAUCCUCUCCAAGGCAUAAUAAUAAUUAUAGCUCCGGAGUGUGGAAGGUGAACUUGGUGAUAAGCCCGGAGCAACUGUCGGAGAUUCUGUCACAGGACUCGCUGACGGAGGCGCUCAUUGAGAGCUUGAGGACAGUGGCAAAGUGCGGUAACGGGAUCGCUUCGCCAGCGGGUUCAGGCCACUACUCCAGUCUAUUCAGCAGCAGGAACCGCUCUCUGUCUCUCAGAAACCCGGUUUAAUUAAUGCACUCUUAGGCCUAUAUAGGAUCACAUUCAAUUAUGUAUGCUCACCAAACCAACCAUGAACCAUCGUUGCUUAAGCUAAGGUAAAUGAUGAAUCCCCUAUUAGUAUGUUACUAGAUGUAAUUGGCGGCUAAAACUCUUUGAUAUUCACGGUGUGCCUAGUCUAUUCUAU